CCUGGUACUCCGUACUAGCCACGGCCUCCAGACACACGUGAUUUGGGGUCGCUCUUGGCGGCCAGCCCAUCCCAGGCAUAGUCUGGCUGCGUAGAGCUCUCCUCCGAGCUUCAUCAUCAUCAUCAGCAGCAGCCGCAGGACCACCACCGACCGACCGACGCUGGAGCAAACAAGCUGCUACAGCUGCCCACGACACGGUCUCAAGACCCACCCUGCAGAGUCACCUUUCUCACAGAUUACGAACCUCCCGCCACCACUCCGACUUAGUUAGCACCGGAGCAAAAGAGACGCUGCUAUCAUGGCUGAUUCCGAGCUGUCACCCAAGUUCGCGCCGUUCAUCGGCAUGGGCGGUAUCGCGGCGGCCAUGAUAUUCGGGUGCGCGGGAGCCGCGUACGGCACAGCCAAAUCUGGCAUCGGAAUUGCGGGCGUGGGGACAUUCAGGCCAGACCUGAUCAUGAAGUGCCUCAUCCCCGUCGUCAUGUCCGGUAUCAUCGCCGUCUACUCCCUCGUCAUCUCCGUCCUGAUCGCCCAGGACCUCGACCCAAAAUCGAACUACAGCUUGUUCAGUGGCUUUAUGCAUCUCGCUUGCGGUAUAUCUGUUGGCAUGACAGGUCUCGCGGCCGGUUACUGCAUCGGCGUCGUGGGUGACAAGGGCGUGCGUGCCUACAUGUCCCAAAGCCGUAUCUUUGUCGGCAUGGUCCUGAUCCUCAUCUUUGGAGAGGUCCUGGGUCUCUACGGACUUAUUGUCGCAUUGAUCCUGAACACCAAGAGCAAGGGUUAAGCUUCGAGUGGCGGUCCGGGAAUGUUGGAUUUGCUUCGAGCAAGAACAGGUUAGCAGAAGGAAUUGGCUGUACCAAAACACAAAGAGGAUGUGCCCUACCCAGAGCACGGACUACAACAUUGCAUUGGCCGGGCGUUAAAAGGAUCUGUUCGUAGGUAGAGCUGGAAUGUACGAGAAUGAAGCUGAUGGUUACCACGCAUGACUGUAAAGACAACUAUACUCGGCCCCUUGAAUGUCCCCCUCGAUCAUUCUGUCGGCACUUGGGGUAGCUGCUUGAUAGAUUGAAAGGCCUCGGAUCGGGCUCGAGUGCCGAGUUCAAAAUGACUUGAUCAGCGUUUCUCAGCAAAUACUUGACGAUCCGUAUCACAACA